AUGCAUUUAAAUCUACAAUAUUUGUGUAAUUUUAAUGAUAAAAUUGAAAUAAAAGAAUUGUGUAAUGAUUCAUUAAAACGUGUUUGGUGUGAAGAAUGGAAAGUGUCCAAUUUACAGGAUUUGUUAAAGAAAUGGUUGACAUGUAAGGAUGCUGCUGAAGAUUUGACUAAAGAACAAAUUGAAGAUUUAUUGCCAGUGGCUAUACAAUUAUUGUUUGUUUUUGCUCAAUAUAAUUUUACCGGCCCCUUUGAUGAUUUGAAUGAAUUUCAAGAAUUUGUAAAAGAAAACCUUAACUUUGUUCCUGAUCCUUUUGAGGAACUGAAAGAGAAUGGUGAAGAAAUCAAUCCCAAUGUAGUUUUAGGUGAAUUUUUAAUAGUGGCAAGAGAUAUUUUAAAGAAAUUAUUGAAAGGUCAAGAGGAUUGUGUGGUUCUACGCUGGUGGCAUUUACGCUAUUUAUGUCUACAUCAACAUUGCAUCGAUGAAUUGACUGCAAAUCUUUGGGAACACGUUAAAAAAGAAGCCGAAUGGCUGCUAGAACAUUUCACAGAAUUACAAAAUAAAGAAUAUGAAGCUUUAUUGUAUCUGGAAGUAGCCAAUGCCUACUUACAAUAUCAUCGUGGCGAGAAAUGUAAAGAAGUUUUAGAUCAACUAUGUGAUCAUCUUAAAGUACAACUAAAUGUUGAGGGUAUCCUAGGAGUACGUACAAAAUUCCAACAAAAACCUCUGCCACAACUUUGCCUAAAGGUGGAACAAUUAGAAGAUCAACAAUUGCCAGCCGCUAAGCAAACUAAUGGCCAAACUAAAAUACCCAAACUUUUGCUUUUAGAAGAUGAUACUCGUCUAGAGAGAAUACGUUUUAUAGAGGAAAAGGAUAAUGAGGUAAUGACCAUACCCAGUGUUUUGCAGGCUUUGGUUUUGACAAAAGUGCGCCAAUUGAAACGUUCUCAACCCAAAGAUCGUUUGGCUGAUGAGGAAUUGGAGCCUUAUACACAAACCUUAUUGUACCAAGAACACGGACCUUUACAAGUUCGCCAAUCAGCGUUGCUUCUCAACUGUGUUCAGGAGUCCAAUCAUAGACGUACCGUGGAGCGCAGUUGGAAACAAUGUGAAGAAGCUGUUAAGCUACUCUCCGAACAUGACUUCAGUGUCAAGGAUCGCUUUUCCUAUGCUUUUGCCGCCUUUCUACAGCCUAAAUGGCAGGUACAAUCUCAAUUAUGUGAACUUCUACUAUCUUUGGGCAUGACAAAAACAGCCUUAGAUAUUUAUCUAAAAAUACAAAACUGGGAACAAGUUAUCUAUUGCUAUACCCGACUAGAAUUGCGUCACAAGGCAGCGGAAAUUAUACAACAGGAAUUGGAGAAAAAACCUACCGUUUUACUCUACUGUUUGCUGGGUGAUGCUACCGAUAACCCCGAUUGUUAUGAAACAGCUUGGGAAUUUUCCAAACAUACCAGUGGUAAAGCUAAAGCCUAUUGGGGCAACUAUUUAUUUGCCCAUAAGAAAUAUGAGGAAGCCAUACCACACUAUGAAAAAUCGGUGGAAAUUAAUUCGUUGCAAGAAAAGAUAUGGCUGCGUUUGGGUUAUGCUGCCAUCAUGCUGGAGAAAUGGCAACUAGCUGUUCAUGCCUAUAUAACUUACACGCAUUUGGAACCUUUAGGCUUUGAAUCGUGGAACAAUUUGGCCAAGGCUUUAAUAAAACUAGGAGACAAACAGAGAGCCCAUAAGGUUUUAGCCGAGUCACUAAAAUGCAAUUAUACCAAUUGGAAAGUAUGGGAAAACUUUAUGGUGGUCUCUGUGGAUACUGGUCACUUUGAGGAUGCCAUGAAUGCCUACAAUAGGCUAUCGGAAUUGAAAACUCAUUACUUGGAUUUGGAAGUUUUGUGUGUAACCAUGACUGCCAUAGCUGAAGGCAAACCUGAUGCCAAGGGCCAAACUCCAGAACGUUUGUUGAAAAAAGCUACCACUUUAAUGGGUCAUCAGUGUAUUAAACAUGGCUCAGAGCCUAAAGUAUGGGAAUUGGCAGCUCUAUUGGCUCCUACUCCCCUCAAGAAGGGUGAGAAAUUAGUUAAAGCUUUUAGAUCCUAUACCGCCAAGGAAUUAGUUUGGUCUACCAAACAACCAUUUGCCCAAAAAGCCUUGGAGUUGUGUGAGGAAUUAAGUCAAAGAUCCUUGGAAGCCAUUAAUAAUCACACAGAAGAUGAAAGUGAGGUUAUGAUUACCUCGCAAUUAAAUUCAGCACGUUUAGCAGAUCAGGCCUGUAUUAGAGCCAUAGAAAAGGAACCUAUACAGUUUCCUGAGAAUGAGGAAUUAUUGAAAAAAGUUAAAGCUUUGCUGGAGGAAAUGACCACACAUGUAAAACAAAGAAUGGGAGCGUAAAAGAAAAAAGUGUUUUUGAAAAAAUGUUAUUAAUAAGCGAUAUUAAAGACGUUUCCUACAUCGGGUAGCUUCCGAAAUACAAAUUCAAAUAUGUUUGUUUUCUCAUCUAAA